UAGUUUAGUAAAAAUUAAAAAAAAAAAAUAUGUACAAAUUUAAGUGCUGUAGCGAAACAGAAAACGAAAUCUCUAGAGGGCCUUUACUCUUUUCCCAUUUGGACACUUCAACUAACGUUCUAAUAAGCGAAACUUUAGAUUUGCAGCAAGAAUUCUUAAGAAAAACUAAAUUUGUAAAUGAACAAUUUAUGAACAUUUGUAAAAAUGAAAAAGAAAUUGUAAAUGUUUUCCAUAUGUUGGAGGUUGUGCAACAACAAUUCUUCAAAGUUGAAGAGGAAUUAAAGAUAGUCGAAUGCAUGCUACAACAAUUCGAAGUCGAGGUGCAACAUUUAGAAAUUCUAAGUAAAAUAAAAACAUUUUGUAUGAGAAAUCCUUGUGUCUGUGGUCAUUGUAGCUUUUGUAAUUGCAAAACAGAACGUCAAAUUUUCCUAGAAUUAUUAGAAGAAACAAAUCGAAAAGUGGAAAAACUACCAACUAUUGUAGAUGAUAUCAAAGAGCUGCAGACAUAUGAAAGAUUAAAAAAUCCUUAUGUGGAAAUAUUUGCCAUUUUAAAUAUGCAUUGUAAUUUACUUAAUAAUAUUGAUAACAAUUUAAAUAUAUUAGCAGACAAGUGGGCUUUUAUAGAAUUAUUGCAGAAAAAAAGCAAAUAAAAGACAAUUACUGUACAUUUUAUUGAAAUUAUUUUAUCAAAA